CGGGCGCACGGCGCGCGACGGAAUCGCUCUUUCUGACACGGCACGUCCGGAUUUGACUUGGGUGGGCUCGGGCGACCGGCGGCUCGAAGUUUCCUGUCGCCCGUUCGGCGCGGACGCGAGAGAGUUGAGUGAUUUUCCCCCUCUCGGAGUUUGGAGUGCUGGAGGUAAAACGGGAGGCGCAGAGAUGCCCCGCCGACUCGGUUUUGCACCGUGAUCCUACCGGAAUGUAAUCGCAUGUGUUCCCGGUCAACAUGCAUAAAAGAGAUUUAGGGUAUUCAGACACUUUGGAGAGUGAUGCUGUUCUCCAGGAGUCGUGAAGUUCACUGUCGCGUGUUUUGCAGCCUCGAAGGACUUAUGUGGCUACCACGCGCGACAUCCUGCUCGGCGAGGACUCCUGUCUGAACUGCUAUUCUAUUAAAAACACACAGAGAGAAAUUACCUCUUUUUUUUUACAAACCAAAAAUGCCUCAGCAUUGCGUUAAUUAUCAAUGGACCUGCUUGGUCGACGGUGACGUGCAUUGAGGACCAGGGCUCCGAGAAAAGUUGCCCGCGCGUGAACACGUGCCCAGGCGAGUGGCCUGUGCUCUGACACUAUGCUAUAGCGCUGGUAUGGGAGUUACAGGCUGAGCGUCACCCCUGCCUGCCGUCCCUGUGUCACGCCGUCGCGCCGGCUGUCCACAUGCAGGCCAAGAAACGUUACCUGCUGGUGUCGGCGGGGGCGUGCGCGUUGCUUCUAGCCUACGCCUGGACCCUGCGCGUGGCCGAGCUCCACACCCGCCUCCCCCAGGGCCCGGUGCUGCCGGCCCCCCCGCCGCUGCGGUCCUACCUGGAGGGGGCGGAGCAUGAGGAGGACGGUCCCCUCCUCUUGCACCAACACACCUCCCCCCGCGAGCGCCGCGACGUCCACCGGAACAUGUACAAGAGCCGACGAUGCCGUAUGGAGACCUGCUUCGACUUCUCCCGCUGCCGCCACGCCUUCCGCGUCUACGUGCACCCGCCGGCGAGGGGCGAGGCCACGUCGGAGGGCUACCGCAAGGUGCUGGCCGCCAUUGAGGAGUCGCGGUACCGCACACGCGACCCGGCCGAAGCCUGCCUCUUCGUGCUCGGCGUAGACACGCUGGACCGGGACCGGCUGUCGCCGCAGUACGUCCCCGAUGCAGGGGGCCGCAUCCGGGCGCUGCCGCUCUGGAACGAGGGGCGCAACCACCUGGUCUUCAACCUCUACUCGGGCACCUGGCCUGACUACGCCGAGGAUCUGGGCUUCGACGCCGGACACGCCAUGCUGGCCAAGGCCAGCGCCGACGCAGGGAACUUCCGACCCGGCUUCGAUGUCUCCAUCCCGCUGUUCCCCAGGGAGCACCCCCUGAAGGGCGGCGGGAGGGGCCGGCUGACGACCAACGACGUGCCGCCCGCCCGGAGGUACCUGCUGGUGUUCAAGGGGAAGCGCUACCUCACCGGCAUCGGCUCAGAGACCCGGAACGCUCUGCACCACGUCCACAAUGGGGACGACGUGAUCCUGCUGACCACCUGCAGGCAUGGAAAGGACUGGGAGAAGCACAAGGACGGCCGCUGCGACCGGGACAACGAGGAAUACGGAAAAUUCGAUUACCAGGAGCUGCUACACAACUCCACUUUCUGUUUAGUGCCGCGUGGCCGGCGUCUUGGGUCCUUCCGUUUUCUAGAAGCCCUGCAGGCGGCGUGUAUUCCUGUAUUACUGAGUAACGGAUGGGAACUGCCCUUCUCUGAGGUGAUAGACUGGAAUAAGGCUGCCAUCAUUGGAGAUGAGAGAUUACUACUGCAGAUUCCCUCCAUCACCAGGUCCGUGGGUGCAGACCGCAUCCUCGCCCUGAGACAGCAGACGCAGUUGCUAUGGGACUCCUAUUUCUCCUCUGUUUCCAAAAUAGUCUUAACCACACUGGAGAUCAUUCAGGACAGGAUACACACACACAUGUCGAGAAGCAAGUUGAUGUGGAACACGCUGCCCGGUGGACUUUACGCACUGCCACAGUUCUCCACAGAGCCCACACUCUUCCCCUUCUACUACGGACUCCUGGGUAUAGCUCCACAGCAGGGUUUCACAGCUGUUAUUCAGGCUGUCACGUCUCUUCAGUCUCCACUCCAACCAAUCCUUAAACUCAUCAUCGCCGUGGCCAAGUCCAAGUUCUGUGCACAGAUCGUGGUGCUGUGGAACUGUGACAAGGCUUCUCCGCAUCAGAGCAAGUGGCCGUCUGUCCCUGUGCCCUUCACUGUCGUCGAGGGCCGGCGGAAGACGAUGAGCGGGCGAUUUUUCCCACACGAUGUCAUCAGGACCGACGCGGUGCUCAGCCUGGAUGAGGAUUCCGUCCUUUCCACCAAUGAGGUUGACUUCGCCUUUAUUGUAUGGCGCAGUUUCCCCGAGCGCGUGGUCGGGUACCCCGCACGCAGCCAUUACUGGGACGCAGGGAAGGAGAGGUGGGGUUACACGUCGAAAUGGACCAAUGAGUACUCGAUGGUCCUGACGGGCGCCGCCUUCUACCACAGGUACGGAACCCCUGUACACACGCACUACCUGCCUGCUGGACUCCUCGCCAUGGUUGAUGAGCUCGCCAACUGCGAGGAUAUUCUAAUGAACUUCCUCGUCUCCGCGGUAACCAAGCUCCCGCCGAUCAAAGUCACACAGAAGAAACAGUACAAGGAGACUAUGAUGCAACAGGGCUCGAAGUCGUCCCGGUGGGCGGACCCGGACCACUUCGCCCAGAGGCAGUCCUGCACCAACGCCUUCACCGAUUGGUUCGGCUUCAUGCCGCUCGUGCGCUCCCAGCUCCGCCUCGACCCCGUGCUGUUCAAGGACCAGGUGUCCAUCCUCCGCAAGAAGUACCGGGACAUCGAGCGACUAUAGGGAACGGGCCACGGCGUCUCUGCCCUUAGUCCCUUAGGCCACGCCCCCCCCCCACACACACACACUCACACACACACCAUCGCCAACGAACACGAGACACAUCUCGCUCGCUGCAGCCGGGCCUGGCUGACAUUACAACCGCGACGCAGCGCGGUGAAAAACGGAAAUAUGCAACUCUGGCCUUUCUCGUGCGGGGACGACGGAGGAAGGGGGGCGGGGUUACCGGCAGAGGCGUGGCCUCUCGCCAAUGCCUGCAAUAUGUAUGGGUUCAUUUUUCUUUUUUUUUUGUACAAGUACCUUUUUUUAAAAGCAGCAUAAAGUCCAAAUAAAGUCACCGAAUGCUAAUGACGAGAUUCAGUGUGAUCAUCUAAAGGUCAUCUAAAGUCAUGUACAGUCAAUUUCCAAAAGAUUUUUCUUGGUAGGCUAAAUGAAUGAAUUGUCUUUGGUGCUUGGCAAUGACAAGUUAUUGAAAUGUAUCCUGUUUGCCUUGUAGCUUUAUCUGGAGAAUCUUCUCGGACGCAUCCUGGCACGAAUGUGCGUGCAUCUUAUUUAUGGCCAGUUCAUAGCUGCAUAGUUGCGUGCUUUGAGA